UGGCGCAUUCAGCCAGUGCGUCUCGCGCGAACGUCGAGAAGCUUUGUCCGUGUUGCAAGCAUUUUCCAUUUGCCUUUGUUUAUACAAACGCGUUUGAAAUCGACUCGAUUUUUGCUAACGAUCGAAGAGUUGUUGGAAUUGAAAUCUUAGAAUCGCGCAUGCAUCGAGGAACGCGUUAAAUAGAGACUUAAUUCCGCGGAGGAAGCCUCGAGUUUGUGGAGUUCCCUGCAGAAGUGGAAACGUUUGAUCGACAGAAGAAUAAUUAGUCUUUGGUCGAAAGGAAGAGAUCGUUAAGCAUCGAAAAUGCCAGUGGAAUUGGAGACGGUGACGCCAAUCGCCACGCACAAACCUUGCGCGCCUUGCAGAGGGGAAGAGAAAAAGAUGAACAAGCUCUGCAGACAAGUGUCCAUCGAGAGUCCGAGCGUAACAGGUCGCGAGUGGGUGUUCAGUAUCGACGUACCUGUUCCCGAUGUCCCAGCCCAUGGAGCCCGCAUUCGAGUGAUGUGUGCAGGUGCCUGCUACCAUCCUCGUCGUUCACCCAGCCUAUCCAGUCUGACCUCGGUCUCAAGUGGAAGCAGCCUGGCCACGGAAGUCUCCGUGGAGGGCGAUUUUCCGGUGUCUUUGCCCCAUCAUGGCGUCAGGGACGCCGCUCUGUUCCCUGGCUACGAGGUCGCAGGAGUCAUCGAGUCCCUCGGCGCUAACGUACCUGAAGAUUGCGGAUACGCCGUCGGAGAUCGCGUGAUCCUCUACCCAUACGAAGGCAUACCCAACGGAUACGUCGAGUAUCUGGUGGUUCACGAUCUCAAGUACCUGAUAAAGUUACCCGAUAACGUAAGUCUGAGCGUCGCGGCGAUGCUGCCAGCUGGAGCCCUGCUGGCCAUGAACACCGUCUUCGCCGCCCACGAACACGUCCAAGCUUUGCUCAAGCAACGCGGCGAGGGCAGCGUCUGCAAGAUCCUGAUCGUUGGUACCGGAGGUCUCGCCCUUUGGGCCCUCAGGAUCGCGGCGUAUUACUUCAGCAACAUGAAGGACCGCGUCACCAUCACCAUCGCCUCCCUCAAGGACGACGGGCUUACCAUGGCUCAAGAAUUCCAACGUCUGCUUACUGCUUACAGCGUGAACGUGGUCCAGUGGAGCGAGGACCUGUACGAGAAACAGCUGAUCGAGCGCACCAUGGACGCCUGUCGGGGCCACGUGGACGUGGUGAUCGACUUUGGCAUCACGUCACGCAGUCUCCAUCGCAGCAUGCAAUGCCUGAGCAAAGGUGGAGUGGUCUUCAUCAUCAAGGAGGUAGCGGAUCGACUGAUGCCAAAGUUCAGCCGACGAGCCGAAGAAUGGCAGCAGAGCAUAAAAUCCGUCGAGCCUGGUACCCUCGAGCAACUUAGCGAGCUGGUCCAACUGGUGGCUUCCGGUGAAAUCGAGCCACCACCGCACACUGUCUAUCCUGCCGAGCAGGUUCUCGACGUCGUGCAGAAACUAUGCCAUUCGGAGAUCCAGGGACGCGCGAUUUUACGUUUCUACCCAGCGGAUUAAGGGAUUCCCUCGAUUGGACGAUUGGGUGCCGCGCGGAUCGGUACGGCGAGAACUCGAACACGAUUGGGGGAAGGAUGAAAGCUCUGCUGGAUUAUCUAAGGUUGCCAGAAGAUGCCAACGUCGAGUAUUCGGCAUAGACGGGUUUGAAGUUUCAGAUUUUGCAAACGGGAGUAGUUCCCACGGAUCGUUCUGUAGGAGCGUUAACGAUUCGUGUCGGAAGGAACACGAUCUUCUAGAAGAAGAGUGGACGAUCGACGUAGACAAUGCACGCGUAUCACUGGGUAUCUAUCGAUGAUGCAAACGCACCGCUGUGCUGUUCCCCGUACGCUGUCGAUCAUAGAGCACUUUCGCUGAAUUCUUUCGGUUUUUUCAAAAGUUCACAUGUUGGCGAGAACCGACGGUUUCUCGAUGUCGUAUUAUCGUAAGAUAGUAAGAAGUAUUAAAGAAACGAUGAUGUCAUGUAAAUCUCCCGGGUAUCGCGGAGAAAGUUCUCGGUCGAACUCGAUAUAGCAUCGCGGUCACGCGUGAGAUUUACUUUUAACGUGGUUCUUUCGCUCGAGUUACUGGAUUGCUUCGCUUCACGCAUUGCGCGCAAAUCUUAGCUGUAGAAUUUCUACCGGUUGCAUGUUACAAGGAAGUAGACUAUACAUGUACGCAAAUUUUUAAUUUAUUUUAAUUUAAACAUAAAGCAAUAACAUUUAAUAUUUUUUUGAAACCUUUCAAGACGUAGAGGUAUUUAGAAUCUAUCCUGAUUUCGAACAGAACUGUUCCGAUUAAAUUGAAAUUUGUGUCCUGUUUGAUAUAAAAGUGAACAUACAUAUGGUAGUACACCGGUAAAGUCUACAAAGUAAAGAUUCUAUAAUAAUGUAAAACCGUCGCGCAACGUGUUAAGAACCACACAUUUGUCAGGACCAGAAUUUUAAUGAACCCUUUCCAUCUAGGAUGGAACUGAUCCUUUUUUCGAAGCAAUCUCAUAGUACAAAACAUAUACGCAUUACAAAAUCACAUUGGGGUCUAAAGGAUUUUCCAAAAGGGUCCUUAAAAUUUUGUUUUAUUGAUCCAACACGUGGAAGAUGGAGUCUUGACGGCCCUUUCGGAGAAUCCGUUACACGUGUUGCCAGCAGGUCCAAAAGAGUUAAGGGAACAACCAUAUUCUUCGACUAGAUUUAUAAACAUGCUGGUUGAAAACGUUAGAGAGCUUAAUUCAACUUGUAAUGUAGCAUUUUGGUCAGGUUCUAGGAGUUCGUAUACGCUAAAAAUCUUGUAACAACGCGGGACCUGCGUGCAAUGAGUUAAGAGCCACCGAUAGAGCCCGAUUCAAUUUACUGGAUGUCGAUGGAACCACGGGAGAGAUUCUCGAACGAAAGGAGAAGCUUUCCUUUCCACGAGACACGUUCAAUGCUCAAGUUUCUUGGUCGGAUAACGUUUCUUUUUAAUCAUAGGAUAAAACGAUGAAUUGACUUUUCUGCCAACAGUUUCACACGCAAGAUUCAUCGAAGGUACCUAUGGGUACCUUUCACGUGGCUUAUCCGAUCGUUGAACAAGAGUUAUCGUUUGAUGAUUCGUCGAGUUAACCCCUUGCGGUCUAGAUUUACCAAUUUCUGUACUACUUCCGGCGAGCCUCGCUCGACCUAGGACCGCAAAGGGUAUUGAGCCCGACGUGCUGAUCUUAACGUUCACGUGGUAACGCGAAGAUACCCAAGAAGGAUAAUUAAUUGUAACGUUAAAUAUUUCAUGUCAAUUGAAUGUUAAUUACCGUUAUAGUUUGAUGUUUCUGAACGAAGAUACUGGACUGGAAUCGCGAGAUUAUCGAGAAAUGUUCGUGAGAGAGACGAGUUUCCUCGUCAGGAUUGCAAACUCUCUGUAUUUAAACAGUGUAAAUCGUAUAGAGAAUGUAUUUUGAACGCGUACUUAAAACGUACUCGACACGUAUUUAGAAACAAGGACGAGGAACAAUUGUUUCCCAAUUUAUUGGGCGUACAAGUAUCAUAUCUGCCAACGGUUUCGCGAAUGAAACCGUAACAAUGCGAUAAAAAUACUGCUUUAUAAUUAUUCGUGGUAGUCUGGUGAACUUUAUUCGCGUUUACACGUACAGAGUGUUUCGUGUUCUGAGAAACUAUCGAAGAUAUCGACUUCAUUCCUCGUACAAUCACAUGGUACAGAGGAGGCUAACUUUAAUUUAAUUUCUGAUUCUGUUUUGGUUAUAAUUCUAUUUAGAACACACUUUAAACAAAGUUUAGGGGGCGCCCUCUUUUUUCUCUUUAACCGUAGCAAAGAUGACAUUGAUAUCUUCAUUCGUUUAAGAAAGCUUGUAACACUUGACACGGGACAGCCUGUACGAUUUAGUAUUUAUACGGAACGAUUGUCGCAUAAUCGAAACGUGUAAGUGAAUUGUUUACGUUAGGUCCAUAUUCGCGUCGGGGGCAUUUCGUGAAUUAUCGUUAGACAUCAGUAUUCCUUUUUCACGUAGCUAAAGUUAGUAUAAGUUUAUGAAUCGUUCGCGUGCUAUGUACAAGUACGACUAAUUAAUCGCAUCUCAUCGCAGUUAUUAAGUCGCUGUACUUCGAAAGACUGUUUUCUUUAUUUAAGCGUAUCUCUGCAUCUCUUUCUUUUCAUUAUUAUCGUAGUUCUAGGCGAUAAUUUAGAGGUGUAGACACACGUCGCCACGUUAUUGUAACGACUGUUGAUUGUGGCAGUAAUUGUACUAUGUUACGGUGAUAAUAUAGCAAAUACAUUUUUUAUUAAAAAUAAAAA